AUGACCAGUUUUGUGGUGAUAUUUUCUAAGCAGUAUAAAAAUAUGUCGGAAGGAGCAGAUCCGAUCAUCGACAACUGGCCACUGAUGGGUUCUCCGACGCCGGUUUUGGGCAUAGCCAUCUGCUAUCUACUGUUCGUGCUGCACCUCGGUCCCCGAUGGAUGGAGCGUCGCAAACCACUGGAACUGAAGGGAGCGCUAAUAGCCUACAACGCCGCUCAGGUGGUAUGCUCCACGGUACUGUGCGUACAGCCGUUCUUCUUCGGUGGCCUAAGCCACAUGUUUAGUGCUUCUUGCCACGCAAACAGUGCUGUGAACAACGAUCUUCAGUUGACGAUUUGGAAGUGCACCUGGUGGUACUUGGUGCUUAAGGUAGUCGAGCUGCUGGAUACGGUUUUCUUUGUACUUCGCAAAAAACAAAAUCAAGUAUCAUUUCUACACGUCUAUCAUCACACCAUAAUGGUAGUUUUCACCUGGGGAUACCUUAAAUACCUGCCAGGAACCCAGGGAGCUUUCAUCGGAUUCGUCAACUCGUUCGUACACAUCGUAAUGUACACGUACUAUCUGAUAGCAGCCCUCGGGCCGCAAUACCACAAGUACCUCUGGUGGAAGAAGUACAUGACGACACUGCAACUGAUGCAGUUCGGCAUUAUGCUGGUCUAUCUGUGUCUGAUCAUUACCUUCCAGUGCAGCGUGCCGCGAUCGCUCAGCUUCUUUUUCGUAAUCAACGUAACCAUUUUUCUGUUUCUCUUUUGGAACUUUUAUCGAAAAGCUUACAGCAGCAAAGGCGGCAGUAAGCAGCUCGGAACGAUGAAAGAGCAAUGA